UCAGAUGAAUAUUUAAAUUGUUCCGAUGACUAUACAUAUCAUGCCGAUAUUCUUCCACUUAGCAUAAGAGCUUCUUUAAAUGAAUGGAUUGUUCAUAGUUUUUAUUUCAAAUCAUUGUCACGUAUUAUUUUACAUUAUCACAACAGUCAGUAA